AUGGCCACUGAAGAGUACAUCUCCCCCUACGCUGUGGACAAGCGCACUCGUCGAUCUGUAUUGGCGGCCCUGGUGGACAACAGGUCCAUCAACGACACGCACAAUCGCGACUCGCGUCGUGCCACGGCCAAGUUCAGGCCGGCGUUCAACGGCGAGUCCUUCGCGAGCGCUUUGGGGAUCAUUACGGUGGUAGUCGAAGGACUACUCAUCGAAGGGGCCGGGGUAGGAGAUGGGGAGAGACGGUUAAUACCGGAGCGGCCGAGGGGAUCGAGCAGGGCGCCGAUUUAUUUGGGGACUGACAGGGCGACCUUGUCUUUGUAUGAUCCGUUGGAGAACUUGAAGGAGAUGUUGGACACGUUCUGCCGUGGAGUGAUGGCUUGGGCCAACAAGCCCACGUACUUCAAAGAGGUUACCCGCCCCUUCAUCAUUCGCACGAUCGAAAACUCUAUCAGCGAAGCGUCUACCGCAAGGAAGCUUCGCAAGUCUUUAGAGUACGUCGGCCCAAUUGAUACAGGAUACGUUAAUAGCUUUGAGGCCUUUCGUUGCUCGAUGCAAGAUCCAAUCCUUGAGCUACGACAUUUGGGCGAAUUUAUCGAGUCAAUUAUCGCGGAGGGGGAUGAGAUCUCCGCUCACCCCGCAAAGAUUCUCAACCCGGCUGUCGAAGCUUCUGACAAUCAUCGAUCCUCAUCUCCUUACUUCAACACAAUCCUGAACCCUGAGCCGGCCACGCAGGCUUCUACCGGUGGACGUGUGAAGACGGAGAGUACGGCCAGUGAGCGUGGCGGAGCGUUUAGUGGCUUCGAAGACCUAUUGGAAGCUGCUGGAUACGGGUUCGGCAUGCACAGAAAGUCACAGUCUCCCGAAAAUAAGCCAGAGCGUGAAGCAAAGCCCGAGCUCCAGUACCCGGGCUCGCCCAGUUACUCGCCACCCCCUUCGCCAUCGGUCUCCAUCGAUGCUCUCCUCCAGCCCUUCUCCGUCUCAUCAAUACAAGCCGAAGAACACCUUCCGGACGUCUCAUCGUCCAUAUUACUCCAACCCAGCAAUCUUUAUCGGAUCAAACCAUGUCCAGCUCCCCCUGGGACUCCCAAAUGGAAGAUAGACCUCAGCGGUCGCAAAGGUCACCCUAUCCGUAUCCUCCACGUCGGCCCCCGCGAACUCGACAUCCUGGCCAAAUGCCUCCCGCUCGUCCACAAAGCCACGCUGAAAGGCGAAGAGUGCAUGCGUGUCAUCGUCGAGAAGGAAAACCUGGCAACCGAGAUGGGAGCCGAGUACAAGCAAUGGGACGACUUCUGCUCCGACCUGGAAGACAACGUCAGCAUCGACGCGAAAGAGGCUGGAGCGAAAUCGAAGCAGGACUCCGGAGACACAAAGAUCGAUGACACAAAGGGCAACGGCAAGGGGGAAGCCAAAGAUCCUUCCGUCUACGGAGCCGUCGCCUCCGGAGGCAAGGACUGGUUCGGCUCGGCGGACCCGAGCGCCUACGGCCGCGUCGGUCCCGGAGACGACCCCGACACCGCCUGGGGCUACCGCAAACUCGACCCCCCCACCUUCCAAACGGCCAAGGCCAAGACCCCGCGCCGCACCGCCGCCGCCGACGUCGACCCGGACGCCACGGAAGACGAAGACGAAGACGACGACGACACCGGCUUCCCGCGCGACUUCGGCUUGGGCUCCCGGUCCCCGACGGAGCGCGCUUUCGGCACCGCGUCGCCCCGGCCCGGCUCCGAUUCGGGCUCGGAGGGCGGGGAGGAGGUGAUGCGUUUCGAAGAGGCGGUCGGGGGGGUGGAUGACGGGUUGGAUCGGGAGAUGGUGGAUGUGGGGGGUUGGAGGAGGGGGAGGUUGUUGAGGAGGAGGGGGGGGAGGAGGGGGGGGGGGGGGGGGGAGGAGGGCUGA